GUCAAUCAAAUCCAAACCCCGCCCACCACUGCCUUGACAGCGAACAUAAAAAGGACAUGUACACCGAGCGUUUAUAACGACACAGCUACUUAGCCCGCUAAUUAGCUGGGACUUCAUUUUGCACACUAAUCAUUGACAUUCAAUGGUUUAAUUUAGCACCAACUGCAGCAUAUAUGUAGCUAAUCAGUCACUUAAAUGGCGUUCAAUGGCCACCAACGCGAAGAUGGAGCUAUCGACGAAGACGAAACGCCCACGAAGCAGCCGCGCUCCGACAAGGAGAAGCCCGGUUAUCUCUCACACGAGCCCAGCAAUGAGGCUUCCGCGUCCGCGGGGAGAGCGACAUCCGAGCGGCGGACCUCCAACUCGACGGCGAGGCAUCGGAGGGACUCGGUGAAGAAAACAAGGCCGCGUAGGUGUUACCGUUACGAGCGUGGGCUCCGUGUAGUUACUGGGAAGGCGCCGUUGCAUGAUGUAGAAAAAUCAAAGGCGUUCCCCUCAUAGACAGUCAUUGAUAUAAGACAGAAUUUACGUGAAAACCUGUAAUUUAAUGCAAACACGUCUCGCAUGAAACCCUACACUCUAUUUUGUUGCAUGCUUUGAUGAUGUAAAUAUCACGAAAUGAUAUGGGGAUUGAUACAACAAUGUAAUAAGGGUGAGCUGUGGCGGUAGCAGUAAAUAGACGGGGUCUAUUUUGCAACAAGAUGGCGUUCCGGGUACACACUGUACUGUAACAACAGUAGAUGAGGCUGCUUGUCAUUAUGUCGGCCAACAAUAAGAUAUCAGCUGCAUUUACAUGCAUUGUCAAUGAGCAUGAUCAUAUAAAUUAUAUUAAUAAAAUUUAAUAUUUUAAAAAUGUGCAAAAUAUUAAUUUGUGACAUUUGUUUUGCAUGUGUUAUCUCCUGUUUUGCAGCCUUUCCCUGGUUUGGGAUGGACAUUGGAGGCACUCUUGUGAAGCUGGUGUACUUCGAGCCCAAAGACAUCACAGCAGAGGAGGAGCAGGAAGAGGUGGAGAACCUAAAGAGCAUCCGGCGUUACCUCACCUCUAACGUCGCCUAUGGGAAAACAGGCAUCAGAGACGUGCACCUGGAGCUGCAGGACCUGACGCUGUGCGGAAGGACAGGCAACCUGCAUUUCAUUCGAUUCCCUACACAUGACCUGCCGGCCUUCCUGCUGAUGGGCCGUAACAAGCACUUCUCCAGCCUCCACACCACCCUCUGCGCCACAGGAGGGGGGGCGUACAAAUUUGAGUCUGAUUUCCGCAUGGUAGGUCUGCAGUUGGUCUCUUUCUUUUGCUUUUACAGGCUGAGGAUGGAGCGGAAGGACAAAACAGGGAUGUGUGUGAAGUCAUAAUAGAUAAACAGCAUGAGGUUCAAUCAUGUGAAGGUAAAACUGACCCCUAAAAAACAUAUUUGGGCAAAAAAAUCAGAGAUUUCACUUAUUUAUUGCAGAAAUCCUCAUGUAACUCACAAAAAAACAAUUUUUAAACUGCAUGCAACAAAACAUUACUUAUAAUUUUAAUACAAAGAUAAAUCAGAAUCACUUUGAGUCUAUGAUUUAUCAAAAUGUUGGAUUUAGGAUUGCAUCUGCAAUUUAAGGCACAAAAAAAAUCCAUGUUUUUAAUUUUAAUCACAAAAGAUUCUAUGUUUUGGUCGAAUUAUAAAUAAAGUUCCUGUUUUUGUACCCCCUUGUGCUCUCCCUCCUACCCCAGUUUCCUGCCUGUGUGUUCCCCUGACCACAUCCCGUCAGUGAUGUUAUCCAUGUUCUCUUCUUUCCUCUCACUCAAACACUCACUCACACACAAACAAAGAUGGCGGACCUGCAGCUCCACAAGCUGGAUGAGCUGGACUGCUUGAUCCGGGGGGUUUUGUACAUCGACUCGGUGGUGUCCAGCGGCCCCUCAGAGUGCUACUACUUUGAAAAUCCCACUGACCCGGAUCGCUGUGUUCAGAAGCCCUACACACUGGAGAACCCUUACCCUCUGCUGCUGGUCAACAUUGGGUCUGGGGUCAGCAUCCUGGCGGUCUACUCUGAGAAUAACUACAAACGAGUUACAGGGACCAGGUAAUGAUCAGUGACAGGGAAUAUUUAUUGAUCUAAAGUUAAAAGGCACAGUUAUAGUACGCUGACUUUUAUAUGAUAGAUCAAUUUUAAAUAAAUGUUUUAUAUAUUAGAAGUGAAGUUAUGAAUCAAACCAUUUAAAUAUAAAACUGUUUAAUUUUUCUUUACUGUAAUUGGCUGCCAUUUGGAUUGGCUUUUGCCCGUAACUGAGCAAUUUAUAACCAGCUCGAGGAUAAAAUGAGGGUCUCAGAGUUUGGGAUACCUGCUUGAAAACGAGACAGUUGUUCUCAAAUCUUUCAGGAGGACUUUGUCGACAAACUCUAAAAAGAUUAAUCUAAAAAAGAAAUGUGAAGGGAGAUGGUGUGCUCUUUUUAUCCGAGUUGCGGGACAAAAAUAGAAACAAAGAUUAAAAAAAAGGAGAGAUUUUCUGCACACUGAGACCGGGACUAACCUGAAGGAUUUAUCGGAGCGUUCAGCUGACUAAAUCUUUAAGAUUUGUCUCUCAAGCUGUCAGAUUUGUCCACCUUGCUUUUUCUUGAUGAAGAUCCUGAUCUUGGGUGUUUUAGUUUUCCUUGCAAACAUGAUUUAAGAGUAAAAGAGAAUGAGAUACAUCCCAGUUUUUACACUGACAGCUUCACUAAAAAGACUCAGACCUCUUAAAAAAUGCUGCUUAACCUGAAAAGUCAUAUUUUCUUUUACUCAUGUUGGAGUUCGGCUUGUCCACAACCUUUUAUUUAUAGCUGAGUAAACAUGUAAGAACCAAUUUUUUAAAGUACCAAGUGGAAUGAUGUCUGAGGGUUAAAGGUGUCUUUUUGGAGGUCUGAUCUCAGUCUACAGACUCAGAUGAACUUCAAUAAUAAGUGAAAGAAAAUUUUAAAAAGACUAAAAAUUAUAAACACUGUUUAGUUGUUGGUUUUGCAUGUCCAGAAAAAGUAACGUGACACACACGCUGAGGUGAAACCACUGCAGGCUCUUUGUUAGGAGUUCACUUAAUACAUUUCAGUUCAGCUUUCUUGAAAGGUUGUUUUCACAUGUGGUUUCUCUGUCUGCUGACUUUGAAAGGGACUGACUCAUGCUUGGAUGACCUAAACUCACCAUAAUCCUCUAUCCAAAAUCACAAAAUAUAAAUGUUAAAGGAUUAUUUAUCUUUAUGAUAUACAGAGUAAUGAGCAGACUCUUUCUCCCUGUUUCCAGUCUUGGUGGGGGGACCUUCCUGGGCCUGUGCUGCCUGCUGACCGGCUGCUCUACUUUCGAGGAAGCUCUAGAAAUGGCCUCUCAGGGGGAGAGCACCCGUGUGGACAAGCUGGUGCGGGACAUCUACGGAGGAGACUAUGAGAGGUUUGGACUGCCGGGCUGGGCUGUAGCCUCAAGGUGCGGUUUACAGCAGCUUUUCCCUUUUUGAACUGCAGGUCACGAGUCUGUUUUUGUCGGACAGACGGCUUUAGCGAAAAGAGGAACUAGAACGACGCUAAAUUUAGUCUUUUUCCAAUCCCAAGAUUAAAACAUAAAGCACUUUAUUUCAAAAUCACAUCCCUUUCAUCCAGAGGUGGAAUAUUCAGUGGACUCAAACAUCUUUUUUCACCUAGUUUUCAGAAAUCUCAUUUUCUUGGAGUCAUUCUGUAUUAUUUGGCUGUUAAAUUCUGGAUUUUACCAGAUUUCUGAUAACCUAACAUGGACUGUGGUUUGAUUUGACAGUUUUGGUAACAUGAUGUCCAAAGAGAAGAGGGAGUCGGUGUCUAAAGAGGACCUGGCCAGAGCAACACUGGUCACCAUCACCAACAACAUCGGCUCGAUCACCAGGAUGUGUGCUCUAAAUGAGGUGAGUGAAGAGGAUGUGGAGCUGUUGAAGUACUCUGUGUUUGAGUUGACAAUGGAUUAAAGCAUUCAGAGCGACUUAAACUGUUGUUAGAGCAUCGAAAAGACAAAAACGGAGCAAGAGACUCAAACACAGAAAUCUGAAGACUGUCUGAGGUUCCUGCGGUUGGUUUCUCUUUGCCUUCAGCCUCUUUACGGUGCUGCCUUGUGGCGUCUUGAUCAAGCAGCAUUGUACAGGGCUAUGAAGGCGUCGAGGAGGUCAUCAACGUAUUCUGCUGUCUGUUACAGUCUCUGAAUUUGAAAACAAUUAUUAGGAGAUGCUAAGACUUCGAUUAUGGUCUGAAAAUAUAUUUUCAAUGUAGGAGAUCAGCACUGAAACAAACAUUUUUACUGCUGUAAUUUGUUGAGGUACACAUUUAGACUGAUUAUUUUGCCUCUUAAGCUUCUUUAUCUUGGCAGUGUCGUGAUGUUAAUGAGUAAUAUCAUAAGCUGUUAUCAGAAGGAAGUAUUCAACCCAUCACGUUGUAAAUUGCUCAGAUAUUAACCUCAUGAUUUCUCUUUCAUUCACAGAACAUCGAGAGGGUGGUGUUUGUGGGAAACUUCCUCAGAGUCAACACCCUCUCCAUGAAGCUCCUGGCCUACGCCAUGGACUACUGGUCUAAAGGGCAGCUCAAGGCUCUCUUCCUACAGCACGAGGUAAAUGAGUCUUUAUAGCUCCUGUCAGGGGAGGGCGCUGUUGAGGUGUGCCCUGUGUGCAGAGGCUGUAGCCUUCUGGUUUGACUUUGCUGCAUGUUAGACCUCACUCUUUAUCCCCCAUAUUCCCUGUCUUGUUUUUCUUUUUGUACUUAAAUGCUCUAAAAGUGUUAUAAUUUGAUGUUCUGUUAUUUUUAGGGCUAUUUUGGAGCCGUUGGAGCACUGCUGGAGCUUCUGCAUCCUUCCUAACUCACAUCCAAAGAAGAACUUGUCAAUCUGCUGCAAAGACCAAUCGCACUUUAGACUGUACGGAGUAAUUCCACAGCGGGAUGUUCAUCCAGUCACCGAUGGAUCAGUUACUGGCAGGAAAACAUAUGUAGGUCCUUUAGUCGAGCCGGUGUGUGAAAGGCUCUUGAUUGUCUCUUCCAAAUGUUGAUCCAUGUCAGCUCCUGUGAUCAGAACGAAGCCUGUGUCCGCCCCGACCAAACAAUAAUGCAGCUAAGUUGACACAGUCGUAGUUUGCAGGACGUUUUGAUCUGAAACAUCUCAAGGAAUUUCACCACAUUUGCCUGAAACACUAUAGGUCAAACGGUAUUUAGCGUUGCAGAGUUUUGUCUUUUAAUGAAGUCCUGGUCCAAAUGCUUCCUUGUUCUUUUUAUGGUUCAUCUCCACAGAGGUACCAGGUGGAUGGGAGCUUGUUUAAUAAGACUUGAGAAAAACAGUUUUAUAGACGAGUCUCCUCAGCUUAAAUGUAGUUGUGAAAAUUGUGAAAACAAUUGUGUGCCAGAGCCAAAGAGUAAUUAUUUAAAAAUCCAAGAGACUCCUAUCAGAACAGACCAAAACAUACAGGAAGUGUCAUGUUCAAAACGCUUGAACUGACUUAGUGAGCCACUAAUCAUCUUUCUGAGACAGGAUUUCAGUCCUUGCAGAUUGAUUUUUGUGUGCUGUUGCAUCAGAUACUAAAAGUCCUCCCACCUAUCUAAUGUUUUUCAGUAUUUAUCUGAAACAAACACUGAAUAUCAUUUAAAACCACUAAAAACACGUGGUGUGUUAUCUUAAUGUGUCCUCAUUGUUGUGAUUUAGACUUACCAAUAAUAGGUUUUCUUUACUAAUUGUUGACAAAACGUCUUCAAUAAUCAAAAGAAAUGCACCACAUCCUAAGAUGAAGCCCUAAAUUGGGGCUCGAGGUUUCUGGUGAACUUGACAAUCAGUGUGAAGGUUACUGUACUAUACUGUACAAUCUGAGUGGUACAUUUGAAGUCCUUUACUCCAUCCCUGCUGAAGUGCCCUUGAAUAACUGCAUCACUUUUCUAAGAGGCGACAGGUUACAUAAAAUAUGGAGAGCAACAAUGUGAAGACAGAAUAGGGGGAAAUUUAUGUAGGCUAUUAAUCUUCAAGUUUUCCCUUUAUCCAACAAAAUGUUACUUUGAUUCAUAGGCUUACUGAUUCCCUCCAGUUUAAGUUUGAAGUCCCGUACCUUGAAAUUACUUCUGUAUUUCUAUGACUGUUCAGUUUGUACUUCAUGUUUAUGUUGUAAUUUUAAUUUACACCUCUGUCAGUCUCAUAGAAGCUUUUUGUCUCAGAAACCUAGCAAGAAAAAAACCUUAAAAAUCAAUCCGUGCUCAUCCACUGCAUUUACUGUAAUGUGUUUGCUCUGUUACUGGUCCAAAGAUGAGUAAGAGGGACCACAGUGAAUCACAAGCUACUGAAGAGGGAGAUUUCUCCGUUUCUAGACACAGUUUUUAGCUGUUAAUUAGAAGACAUGUUCUUGUAGAUUGUGCGUACAGUGAGUUGGUUUUAAAUUAAGUGCCUGCCAUGUUUUUGUAUCAGAUACAUCAAUGUGUUCAGCAACGUGAUUUAAAAUAGACAAACUGAUUUGUAUUUCUAAAGGUUUACUCUCUGUUUGCUUGUACGUUACAAAGAGGACUUUGUACUUUUGUGUGAAACAGUGAUGACGCAUUUUUAACUGCAUUUCCCUUUGUUAAAUACAAACUUUUCUAAUUUUUAAUA